UCCGAGAAACCAUUGAAAAAACCUCCCUAAGGUAACUAACUAUAUUGGGCCGUUGAUCAUCAGAAAAUUUUUUCCUCGAUAUAAAUUUAGUUCAAUCAAAAUCUAAACAAUACAAAUAAAAAAUAAAAUGUUAGGAUUUGAUGUUUCUAGACUUCCACAAACAGAAGAUGAUAUCGAUUUUUCCGAUAUUGAAGCAAAAUAUCAAGUUCCCUUCGAGGAAGGCUUUGAUACAAUUAUUGUAGUGGAUAACGUGCCUAUAGUUGAUGAACGUAAAGUAGAUAAGUUAUUGACAGUCAUAAAGAAGAUUUUUAAGAAUGCCGGAGAGAUCAAAGAAAAUGGUAUUAAUAUGCCAAUGGAAAUUUCCUCGGAAGCUGAAAAAUUAAAUUCUAAGGGAUAUCUCUUUAUUGAAUUUGAAACACCCGAACAAGCAAGUUUGGCAAUAAAAAAUUAUGAUAAUUAUCCAAUGGAUAAGACACAUUAUCUUUCCGUAAAUAGAUUUACUGAUAUUGAAAAGUAUUCACAAAUAGAAGAAGAAUACAAAGAACCUGAAGAAGAAAAAUUUGUCGAAAAAGAGCAUCUAAGGAGCUGGCUUACUGAUCCACAAGCACGUGAUCAAUUUGUGCUUUAUCGUGGAGACGACGUGAGCAUUUUUUGGAAUAGAAAGACCGAACCUCCGGAAGAAGAGCAUAAACGUGUUUAUUGGACUGAAACAUAUGUCCAAUGGUCGCCCCUGGGAACUUAUUUAGCGACAUUUCAUCGUCAGGGUAUUGCACUAUGGGGAGGUCCUAGUUGGAACAAAAUUAUUAGAUUCGUUCAUCCAGGUGUUAAACUGAUAGAUUUUUCUCCCAAUGAACGUUUUCUUGUUACAUGGAGUAAUGAACCUAUCACUCUUGGAACAAAUGGAGGCUUAGGUACCCCAUUUGGACAUGAAGAUGAAGGGAAUCAAAUUAUUAUAUGGGACGUUUUAACCGGAAACCUUUUGCGUUCAUUUCCGUCUUCAACAUCGACUGACGGAACUCCUAAUAAAAUUACAUGGCCAAUGUUUAAGUGGUCUCCAUUUGAUAAGUAUUUUGCCAGGGUUACACCAGGACAACAGAUUUCCGUGUAUGAAACACCUUCAAUGGUAUUAGUUGAUAAGAAAAGUAUUAAGAUUGAAGGAGUAGAAGAUUUUGAGUGGGCACCCGCUUCUGAUAAAGAAAAACAUAAUUCGGGUGAUAAAAAGAAUAAAGAGAAAUUGUUAAGUUAUUGGACGCCGGAAAUUGAUAAUCAGCCUGCUCGUGUCACUUUGUUAAAUAUUCCUUCUAAAGAGAUUAUACGAACAAGGAAUUUGGUCAACGUUAAAGAUUGUAAAAUGCACUGGCAGUCAAAUGGUGAUUUUCUGUGUGUUAAAAUUGAUCGACACACAAAAACCAAAAAAUCCACAUUUGCAAAUCUUGAAAUAUUUAGAGUUCGUGAGAAAGACAUUCCUGUUGAAGUCAUUGAAGUCAAGGAUAGAGUUAUUGCUUUUGCAUGGGAACCUAAAGGUGAACGUUUUGCAAUUAUCACAACAAAUGAUCCUAGUUAUGGACAACCAACUCAAGGUGGUGUUACUUUGAGAACUAAUGUUUCAUUUUAUUGUCUUGAGAAACCUAAACCUGGUAAAGGUGGCGGCACAGCUAAUUUUAAACUAAUUAAAACACUGGAGAAGAAAACUGCUAAUGCUAUUUACUGGUCGCCACGUGGUCGACACGUAAUAUUGGCAACUCUUCGGUCGACGACUGUUUUUGACCUAGAAUUUUGGGACUUAGAUUUUGACACUAUUGGUGAUCAAAAAGAAGGAUCAAAAAAUGAUUCAUCUGCUUCCAUACAACUAAUGUCUACUCAGGAACACUAUGGUGUUACUGAUAUUGAAUGGGAUCCCACGGGACGUUAUGUAAUUACUAGUGCUAGUGUCUGGAGACAUUCGAUGGAAAAUGGGUACACUCUUUGGGAUUUUAAAGGAGCACAGCUGCAAAAACAGUUGUUAGACAACUUUAAGCAAUUGUUAUGGAGACCUCGUCCAAAAAGUUUAUUAUCAGAUGAUGAUAAAAAGACGAUCAGAAAGAAUCUGAGAGAAUAUUCUAAAACAUUCGAAGCAGAAGAUGCUCUUGCACAAACUUCAGUAUCUAAAGAAUUAUUAGCACAUCGUCGUCGUCUUAUUGAUGAAUGGAACGCUUGGCGUAAACGCGUUGAAAAAGAUCUAGCAGAAGAAAGAGAAAGAGCGGGAGUGCCAGUCAUCUCUAGAAAGGAUGAUGAUAAUGUGGAAAUUAUUGAAGAAUGGAUUGAGGAAGUUGUAGAUGAAAUUGAAGAAAUAGUUGAAGAUUAAUUAUCCUUCUAUUAUUAUUAAUUCGCUUAUAUAGUUCAUAUUAAAAAUAUUUAAAAUAUUUGUAUUGCAUUAUUUAGUUAUUAAGAUGUAAUUGACAAGAUAUAUUAAGUAAUUAUAUUUUAAAUUUUAAACGUAAAUAACAAUCUUGUUAUAAGAAACGUAAAACAACUUUUUUUUGAAUAGUAAAAUUGCGACAAGAGAAAACUAUAUGAUACAAAAAACUUUUUAUUCUAAUCCUUUUCCUUUUUUUUAUCACUAAGUUCGUCAAGAUUUUCUUCGAGUUCUUUCAAUUUCUUUUUUUGUUUUGCAAGUUCUUC